AUGCCCGGCUUGGCACCACUCAUCGCUGCCAAUCAGAAGAGUGUGGAGAUCGUCAUCUCUGAUGAGCCACCACCACCACCAUCACCGUCUCCACGACAGCGAUCACUUGUUGCUCUCGUCAUGGACCUCAUCAUCCACCCACGGAUCCCGAUGGUGUUCUUCCUGAAGCUCUUCAUCAUCGUCCUUCGAACCGCCGUCAUGUUCACCUACGGCGAUUGCGAUUUCGACAAAUCGCGUCAACUCCUCAAGUUUUACAGCGAGGCGGAAUUCCCGAUUCAUAUCAACGACGCCACUUAUCUCCAUUUGCAGCAAGUCCACAUCUCGCAGCAAUACGUUGAUGACUAUGAGAGCAGCGGAAUCCGAAUGACGAUCGGCUCGUUCACCGUCUUCAUCAUUGUGAGCAUGAUGAUCGCUGUUGAUAGUAUGAGCUUGAGGCAUUGCCAAUUCCCGGCAAGAAUCGCCAUCAGAACACCAAUUUUUGAUUGA